AUGAACGAAUCAAUGCUCGAUUAUUCCUUGCUGUUGGCAACACCUCGCAAGACUCAGCCAGUGCAAGCCUACACACCCAAGAGCGUAGUAAAACCAAAACUUAUCCAGAAAAUGGAUAGUGUUCAAAUGUUUGCUCGUUUGAGGCCUGAAAAUCUUCCAUCCGAUCAACCGAGCCCUCUGGAAAUGAUUGAUAAACAAUCACUCCGAUUAGAGAAGGGUACAGUUAAUAGACUAUUUCCAUUCAAUGAGGUUUUUGAUGAGACUACCACUCAGGAACAAAUUUAUCAAGCCACAGCUGCAGCAUGUGUUACCAACAUUUUCAACUGUGUUAAAUCAUUGGUCUUUGCUUUUGGUGCCACUGGUACAGGUAAAACCUAUACAAUGAUUGGUAAUUUUGAUGAAAAUAAGGGAAGUGAAGAACAUGGUGUUAUUUUGAGAUUGUUGAAUGAUAUUUUAGCUGAAUUGGAAAUUAGAAGAAAGGAAGAUCCAGACUUGUGUAUUUAUGUCAAUUUUAUUGAGAAUGCAAGUUCUGGACAUCAUAAUUCUAGUAUAGUUGUAGACUUGUUGGAAGAUUAUGACCAUUGUAAAAAAGGUCCUAGAGAUUCUAUGCUUUCCACAUAUUCUACUUGUAGUGUUAGGUCAACAACGAGCACCAAAUCUAACAAUCACAAAGGAAAAGUUACCAUCACUGCAACAGCUGUCGAAGGAAUGCUAGAUGUAGAAAUAACUAAUGUCAAGGAUGCAUUCAAUUUAAUUUCAUAUGGAACGAGUAAGCGUAAAAUUAGAAGCACAAAACUCAACUCUGACUCUUCUCGUUCUCAUGCCAUCUUUUAUAUUAAUCUUGGAAGAAAGGUUGUAAAUAAUGGUGCUAUGUCUCUCGAGUUAUUAAAUAGAAUUACAGUGGCAGAUCUUGCUGGUUCAGAAAAGAUUAAGGAUGUUACCAAUCCCAACGUUGCUGCUGCAAAGGAGCAAACUGCUGAAACUAUAUUCAUUAACACUAGUUUGUUUCAAUUAACUCAUACAAUUGCAGAGAUUAGUGGUAAAACAACUCAGGUCAGAAAUAGUCAAAUCGGACGUAGUGAUCUUAAUAAGUUAGUACUGAGAGAUCUUGCACAGGGUGGAUGUAAAGUAUUUGCCAUCUUUACUGUCUCAAGACUUCUCGCCAGAGUCUUUGAAUCCUACCAGACAAUGAUUGUUUCUGCUAACUUGAUGGGUGUUAAAACAAUAGAUCUGGAAGAUGGUAGAACAGUAAGCAAACCUGUAGCACCAUCUGAAAACCCAGAAGAAUUCAAUAUUGUUCAAAAUUGUAUUAAUGCACUGAAAGCUGAGAAAAUUGCAAGACAAGAAGAUGAAUUCAAAAUUAGAGAACAAGUUUUAAGAGAAGCCGAAUUUUCACUUCAAAUGCGUGACAAUGCUGCAAGGGAAGAAUCCAUGACAAUUAAACUGCAACUCCAAAACAAAAUUGAUGUUGCCAGAAAGGAAACUCAACUCUAUUUCCAAAAAUAUGAACAAGCCAUCACACACAAGGAAUACUAUAAGAAUAAGCUUGCUACAUUCCAAUCUAAACUUGAAGAUCAAAAUUUAAUUAUUGGUAAACUCCAAAUUGAAAGAGAUGAAUAUAAGGAAAAGUAUGAAGCACUCAAAUCUGAAACUGAAAACGGUUCACUAAUUUCUGAAAAAUUGAAACUUGAACUAGAAGCAGCAAACGAACAAUUACAAUCUGCUCGUAAAGAAAGAGAUACUAUUGAAAAGACUUUCUAUUCUAGAACUCAGCAAUACGAGUCAGAUAAGAGAGGAACCAUUGAUAGAUACGAACAAGAAAAGAGAAAUAUUUACGAACUUGCUAAAAAAGAAAUUGAAACUCUUCGUGCCAAAUUACAAGAAAGUGAAUCCAAAACAGAAAAACAAAGAGAAUAUAUCCGAGUACUCAAAGAAAAGACAGCCCAACUCAUUCAAGCACAACAGGAGGAAAAGAAGGAAUCAUCAUCGAUAUUAUCCAAGUUUUCUGCCAUGUUUUCAUCUAAGCACUCUAAACAAUCUAAGGAAGACGCCUUGCAGCUCAAUGUUGCAGAAUCUAGUGAUUUGAAGAGAAAACACGACCUUAAGGAAGACGAGAGGUCCAAAGUUGAAUCUCCAAAUAAGAAGACCAAAGUUGAAGAGGAAGAAGUCACUAUUGAAACUGAAGAAUCUGAUGUCGUGCCAACAAAGAAACGUACCAAGAGAAGAUUCCUCAAGAAAUAAUGUAAAUAUCAUCCUAAAAAAAGCUUGUAAUAAUGAUCUUAAAGUAAAGAAUGUUUAAACUC